AGAAUAACGGUGAGUAGUUCAGUACAUCCUGGACCGCUUUGGGACGGCGCCACAAAGAAGACACAUUUUGUUUAUGGGAAAGCGUUUUUAGUUGUAUAGAAUGCGCGUAAGACAUGUCUUUAUCAUCUGAAAUGGAGAAGAAGCCAACCGAAGAUGAUUGUGUGGAUUCGGGAGCCGAAACAGCAGGGUCUGACUUCAGCCCCAUGUCUUCCACUUGUAGUGAAUUGUCCAUGGGCGACGUGCAGGACCCAUUUCUGGUUAGCGUACAUAUAAUCACCGACCCAGGAAACAGCAGGACCCUCCAAAAAGCCAUGGAUAAUGUGCUGGCCUGGAUCCGCCCAGACCUGCAACUCUUCCGCGUCUCUGAGCGAGGCUGCUGGAAGAAGCCAGAGAGGUGCAGGACUGGAAUUGUGAUCCAGCCCUCGCUGGCCAUCAUCUUGUUCCUGCAGGAGGACUACGGAGAGGAGCAGUUCCAGCGUCUCCACCAGUCCCUACGACUCCCACCAUGGCAGUACCACCACACGGAGAGAGUGAACGGCCGCAUUUUGCCCUACAUGCCCUGCAACCAGGACUUCUUCACCCUGUCUGGUAGCACCCCACUCUGGGCCAUCCGUCAGGUGCACUAUGGCAAGGAGAUUGUGCGCUUCACCAUCUACUGCAGCCACGAGAACUUUGUGGACAUGAUGAAGAUGUACCAGCUGAUCCUCAAGAGGGAGGUGUCCCAGAAAAAGGGGGAUUUCUGCUUCUUCAUUGUCUACUCUAACAUGGACAUGGAGAUCCAGCUCUCCCUGAAGAGGCUCCCCAAGGACCAGUACCCCACCCCCACCGAGUCUGCAAUCAUCGAGUUCCGCGUCACAGAGAUCGGCCAGCUGGUCCCCCUGCUCCCCAAUCCCUGCACCCCCAUUAGCGAUGUCCGCUGGCAGACGGAAGACUAUGAUGGAAACAAGAUUCUUUUACAGGUCCGAAGCUCAACCAGAGUCUCCCAUCGGUGGCCCACUCUUUCUCAGCUUGACCCCCAGCCAUCCUGCCCGGCACCUGCCACAAACACUCACCAUGGCCGGGGGCCUGCCUUCUACCGAAACAAACGCUAUCAAAAGCUGCAGCCACCCUCCCGCUCCAAACAGCACCACCGGCUCUCCCAGCAGGACUUGUCCAGCUCUUGUCUGGGAGACAACAGCAGCCGGAGGAGCAGCAGCUCUUCCGAGACCUCCUGGACGGUGCAGAGGAGCUGCUCCCUUUACUGCCUGCCGGCUGUCAGGCACUGCCCAUCCCAAGCUCCCUCGCUGCUCUCCAGCAGCUUCUCUGACAGGACUGCAGCCUUCCGCUUCAAAAUUGAUGCCCUGGAGGAUGCUGAGGAGACAGACGUGGACACUGGGCUGAAGCUCACCAGUUCUGACAUGUCUGUGGUCUCUGCCUACACCAGACUGGCUGCUAAUUUCCAGUCUUCUUCUCCCGACAAGGUCUACAGACACCCCCCGAGAGCCGUACCCCUUCGGACGCGACCCCUUUCAAUGCAUAACAGCCCUCUCCCUUCCUACUCCGGCCUUCCCUGCGACUCUCUCCCUUCCCUCUCGGAUAUCUCCUUCUGCGGCUCCUCUUGCCUCUCGUCUCUCAAACCGCAGCGGCCUCAAAGCGCAUUCGACCCCUUGCACAGACUGACUCCCUCAGCCCUCAGGCAUUCUGGAGACAGCGGACACAGCACAGAAACCGAGAGCAUCAGUCUCCGACAACAAGCUGGAAGUCACGAUCUGCCAGAGGAGGAUCCUGAGCAGGAAUUCUACAUCUAGAAUGCUGACCUGUCACUAAUGAAUGGGUUGUUUUAAAAAGCUCAGGCUCCACUUUGGUGUCCUGUUCCCACCAUUGGCAGGAUGUGUUUUCUUUGGGAGCUACCCCUAUUAAACAUGAAUAAUGUUUAAAAACUGUAUUGUAUAAUUAUAUUGUACAAACACGAUUGCAAAAUGAUAUUACUGGAGUAAUAGAAUGUUGUAUAGAUUGUCACGGCAUUCUAGUUUUCAUAUUCUUAAAUACUGAUUUGUACAGAUAUUCAAAAACUGUUGCCCUGUUUUGCAGAUUAUUUUUUCAUAAGCACCCCCAACACAGGUUACAUUUAACGUCUUUCAAAAAUUGGAGCAACGUGCCCUUUCCUUUUUAUGCCUUUGGUGUGUAAGGCUCACUUUCUGAGACCUGGGGACCAGUGAUUAGGGCAGAGGAUCAAAAGGCAGGAGACCUUGGGAUCAAACCGCAGCUCUGUGACCGUCUCUCCUUAGUCAGGAGACAAAGACAAACUGUAAAAUGUGCUAGGGUUUAAUCACAGUCUGAUUAUUUGGUCUGUACAGCACUAAAAAUAAAUACAUUCUGUGCUGCCAGGGCAUACUUACUGCAAACUAAAGGAAUAUUUUAUAUCACCUACAAUUUAUAUUUAAUUCCUUAACUGCUUAACUGUAUGUUUGUAAAUGUUUGGUGGCUUUCUCUAAUCAAGUUGAGAGUGUAUUUCUCACUCACUCUUUGCUUUGCCAGGGUCUGUCAUACAAAGACUGUAAGAUAAAGGUGUCUGCCAAUUAAAUACUGUAAUAAUAAAAUACACUCUCAACUUGAAUAGAAGUAGCCACUGACAACUUACAAAGUCUAAAUCUAACUAAAAAAAACAGACAAAAGCCUGAUAUUAACAUACUUAAUCUGUUUUUAUAAAACCUGUUGCAGUUUAAACAUUUAGAAUGCUUUGUCAUGGAUAUUCAGAGUGUGAGAUGUACACUCUCAGCGAAAUCAUAAGUGCAGUUGCUGCUAACAGGUUCCAGUGGGCACAUACCUUAUAAUGACUAUUACAGCAACAAUGUUUCUUUUAAACCAGUUUUGAAUUUCUGAAGUGACGUGGUUUCAGAAAUAAAACCACCAGGGUGCAGCUGUGUGUGCACACAUAUAGUGUGUGCAGCUAUAAUAUCUGCCCUGGUUACAGCUGUGAUACUGAGAGUUAGUAAAUGGAAAAUCUCUAUACAAAAGUAAAGUAUUCUUUCUACUCACUGCAGACAGAAAUAAAGAGGAUGUGGCUCACAUUACCUGCAGGAAUCCGCAGAUGUAUUUCACUUGCAAAAACAAGUCAAAAUGGUCAGUGUGAUGAGUGUAGGAGAGUCACAGCAGGAAACUCAGAAAGGACAGUUGGAAAGCUUGUAAAGAAGAUGGCUAAUUGGUCCGUAAAUAAAUAAAUAAAUAAGCAGUGCAGUGGAGUAGCAGUUUGGGCUACAGUGCACGUUGUUAUGCUUUCAUGCAAAGUUCUAUAGAUAGGGUACUUUUGAGUAAAGAAAAAAAUUCUUCUGAAUUUAGCUGAGCGAGAGCUAGUGGAUGAGGAGGCUGGAGGAAGACAACACUGACUACAGAGAGGCAAGAAGUUUGGGUUUAAAUAUGGGAUCAUUUCUGUUGUGGGGUUUUAGUUUUUUGUAAGUUAAAGCCCUGUCUUCAGUGUUUGGGGGCAGGAUGCACACCUCUAAAUCUUACAGAUACAGUGUUGCACACUGUUUAACAUACACACUUUGGAGCUUUUAGGGAAUGUAAAGCAGCUGAUCUUCAAAACCAAAUGUGCAUGCUUUCUUAUUUCCUCUGGUGUCUAAUACAUCAUACUCCCUUUCUGUUGGUGUGCUUUGUAUAUUUGUUGCAUUUGUAGCAAUUGUGCUGCUGAGCAAUAAAAUUGUUGUAUCAGUUACAUUUUUACAUAAAGCCGUGCUUUAGGAUACAUAAUUUAUCAGAAAGACAAUAAAACUGUUGCCUCAUGAAUUAGUGCCAUGAUGUAUCCCCCCAUGAUAUAAUUACUUUCUUAAGUGAACUUAUGACAGUGUUGUUGUUACUGUUGACAGGACUGCAUGGUUCCAUAAAAAAAAAAAAAAUAGGUGCUUCACUGCUUACAGGCACUGCAGAAGUACUGUACAUGAAUUCCAUGGGCUUGUAUGACAUAUAACACUAAUUUCAAUAGAAUUUAAACUGGUAAAAAAUAGGGGAGAUUUUAAUUACUGGAGGAUUUUACAAGAAGAAAAGUUGAUGGUAAAACUAAUGCUGCGUCCCCAAAUCUGGAAUUUAAUUUUAUUUACUGGCUCGUUCGCGCCCCCUUGUGGACAAUGAACGUGUUUCAAAUAGAAGGUUCUGCUCUUUCCCUCAAUGUACUUAAUAUAACGGUUUAAUGUUAACAUCAAUGUUUAAUGUAGAACUGGGUCAUUUGAUAGGACGUCUUUACUUUUUUUUUUCAAAGUAUAUUGAUCACACACGUUAUAUUGAAUUAUUUUUUAUUUUAUUGGAAUGUACAGUACUUCCCAUACAUUAAAUAAAAAUAGUUAAUUGAGUUAAUUCUCUUUUAGAGAUUGAUGUAUGGCAAGCCACAGUUUGUGGAGUCAUUUUUAUCAAAAACCUUAUUUUUGUAAAACUCCUUUUUUGUUACAAAAAUGAACAUGCUAUUUAUACAAAAUAUUUAUAUAUUUUAAUAUUUUCUUUUGACUAUGUUUCUGAUAUGAAAAAGUCUAUUUAUAUCAACAGUGUUUUUUUCUGGAUAGCUAUUGUAACACCAUUAAUUGCAUUUCCUUUUUUUUCCAGCGUGGAAGAGCUCACAUCACUAAUACAAUCAAACCCUUUUAAUGUCACUUCAGAGGACUGAGCAUAAUUAACUUAACACAGAAGCUGUGUUGUUACAACAAAUCUUGCUGUUUUGCUGUGGAACUCAAAAGUAACUCUAUACUGUACUGUUCAUUAAUAGAACAUGUUUGUAAUUUUCAAUCUGCAUCUAAAGCACACUGAGAAUUAAAAAAACAUUAACAGGAGUGAUAUAUCAGAGGGGUUUGACUGUUUUGUUCCAAAAAUUCUUUCACAGUUUGGAAAGGAUGGUUGCGGGUGACAUCAGACCAGGAAAUGCAGGACACGCAGUACUAUGGUUGUAUAACCAGCACAAGCAGCAAUUGUCAUUUCUCUAUUUCAGUUCUCUUUACUCACGUUGCCCCUCUGAACAGCCAACCUCGUUCAGCGAAAGCUGCCUGUUUUUAGACAUGUGACCGUCUCCAGAUUAGCAAUAAAGAAUCUGGAGAUGGUCACAUUCUAUGCGAGUUUAGCAUGGAU